AUGGACGAGGAGGUUGAGCAGCCUGCGCCACACUUCAAGUGCGACUUCCAGGAGCUGCCGGAUGGCAAUUUUAUCUGGCAUGCCUCGCUUGUGCUAUUGCACUACCUCCAGGCGCCUGAGAGGGCGAAGCAACUGCGUGGCAAGCCGCUCACCCAAAAGACGAGCGAGUUCUGGAACUUGGAAGCGGCCUCGGGCACCUGGGGCAUGGAACGUUCAAAGAUGGACGUGCCAGAGGUGAUGCAGUCUGUCCUCACCGCACCCUCACCAGCUCGAUGCCGCAAGCUUGAACCGUCUCUGCAGGCUUGGGCGGCCUCCAACCGGGCUGCAGCACAGCUCCCGAAUGUGGCCGCAUCCGAGGAGCGCGGCCGCGAGCGCUACUCGCGCCAUGAUUGGAUGGGAUCACUGCGGCAGGAGACGCAGGGCUCGCAGACAUGGGGCAAGCAGUUUCACCCAACGGCUAUCGACAUGUCCUUCUUCACUCAGCUGUCGGAGGCACUGACCCUGUGCAGCCGGCCACAGGUACGGCCGGUUCGCACGGCGGCAGACCCUCCCAUGGAGCCCAAGGAAUCCUUGCGCCUUCUGAAGGAUGGGAAUCGCCGCUUCGUGGAGGGACGGACAUUGGCCAGCCGCGCAAGUCCUGCCAUGCUCCAAGAGCUGGUGGAGCUGGGCCAGGCUCCGCAUACAGCGAUCAUCGGCUGCGCCGACUCGCGGGUUCCCCUGGAGACCAUCUUUGACACGAUACCAGGCGACAUCUUCGUGCUCCGCAACGCAGGCAACACGUGCACACAUGCCGAGGGCAGCAUCGUUGGCAGCUUGGAGUACUGCACUGGCAACUUGGGCACCCGACUGGUGCUGGUGCUGGGCCACACAAAGUGUGGAGCCGUCUACGGGGCGACGAAGACAUUUCUGAAUGCCCAGGCUGCACCCAAGAAGGCUGGCUCUGCACUCCAAGGGCUUCUGCAAGACCUUGGUGCAGUAGCCCAUCAGGCCCAAGAAGAAAUGGGUGCUGAUGCCGAAGAAGAUGCUAUCGCAGCCCAUGCUGUAAGGGUGAAUGUGUUCCACACCGUGAACUUUCUGCUGAAGUUCAGCGACUCGAUUCGUGAAGGUGUGCGCAGCGGCCAGAUCCAGAUCGAAGCCGGCAUCUAUCAUCUGGAGACUGGCAGCGUGGAAUUCUUGGGUGAGAGCCCACAGCAGGCAGAGCUGCUCGAGUCCACGCUGCCUGUCCCGCCUUCCAUGGCAAACCAGGAGGUGGACCGUGGCAUGCACGGUGUCCGCACUGGUGCCGAUGGCAUCAUCAAGUCCAGUGCAGCACUGAAGCUGCUCAAGGAAGGCAAUGAGCGCUUUGCCGCUGGCGCACCUGUAGCAAGCGUCACCUCCUCUAGCAUGCGUCGGGCACUGGCGAAAUGUGGCCAAGCACCUCACAGUGCCAUCGUGGGCUCUGCCGAUUCGCGGGUUCCCAUCGACACCCUUUUCGAUGCAAUGCCUGGAGAUCUUUUCGUGCUCCGCAAUGCGGGCAACACUUGUACACAUGCUGAGGGCAGCAUUGUCGGCAGCUUGGAGUUCUGCACCGGCAAGUUGGGAACUCAAUUGAUUCUGGUGCUAGGACACACGCAUUGCGGUGCCGUGGCUGGGGCUACUAGGACCUACCGCUCCGGCGCCACGGAACGGGCACCAGGCAGUGCUUUGGAGGGCUUGUUGCACGGCCUUGCAGGUGUCGCCAAGCGGGCGAGCGAGGACUUAGGUCCAAGCGCUCAGGAGGCCAAUGUUGUGGCCCACGCCGUGAAGGUGAAUGUCUUCAACUCCAUGAACUUCCUCAUAAAGUUCUCCGAGCCAAUACGCGAACUCGUGCGCAAGGGCGAUCUGGAUAUCCAAGGUGGCAUCUAUCAUUUGGAGACAGGCCGGGUGGAGUUCCUCGGCCGCUCUCCUCAGCAGAAAGAGUUGCUGUCCUCCAAGUGGUGCGUGCCACCUUCAAUCACCAGCGGCACCGUGCGCACCUCCAAAAGCGCCAUUGUGCUGCCACAAGAUGCCCUGGCCAUGCUAAGGGAUGGCAACGAGCGCUUCGCAGUAGGUGCCCCGGUCGCAGGCAAACUGCACAAGAGCAUGCGCGAGGCUUUGGCCAGUGUUGGGCAGGCACCCCACGCUGCGGUGGUCAGCUCUUCUGAUUCGCGUGUGCCGCUGGAGACCAUCUUCGAUGCUCUUCCUGGAGACCUCUUCGUGCUGCGCAAUGCGGGCAACACCUGCACGCAUGCGGAGGGGAGUGUACUCGGCAGCCUGGAAUUCUGCACCGGCCCGCUGAACACUCGCUUAAUCUUCGUGCUUGGGCACACGAACUGUGGCGCUAUCAAGGGUGCCACGAGGGCCUUCCUCCAAUCGCAAAAGGCCAAUGCAGCGAAGGACGGCCAUGCCUUGGACGCCAUGCUGAGGGGUCUCGGCUCCGUGGUGGAGUCUGCAGCCAUGGAACUGGGAAAGGAGGCCACAGAAGAUGAGAUCGCUCAGCAUGCUGUGAAGCUGAAUGUCUUCACUACCAUGAACUUCAUGCUGCAGCACAGUGAGCCGAUUCGUCAGAAGGUAAAGAGUGGCGAUUUGGAAGUUCAUGGUGGCAUCUACGACUUGGCAAGUGGCCGUGUGCAGUUUUUGGGCCAAAGCCCUUCGCAGACCAAGCUGCUGAAGCUUCCGCUUACUCCCGCCAUCUCUCCCAAGGUGCCUCGAGGACCACACCUCCGAACUGAAGAUCGUUCCAGGUCCCGCUCCCGCAGCUGUUCGUCCUCGCGAGAGUGGACGCCGCAGAACACUCCUACCAGGCACUCGCUCUCACGUUCCAUGACUCCCGGACGUGGCAUGCCAGUCAAAGAGCAGGAAGCUGUGGAUCAGUACUUGAACCGCAUGGCGUUGGCUCGCCUGGAUUCGCCACUGCGAAAGAUCGCCUUUGGAUCGGGCACGCCGCGUGUGGCCGCUUCUCCUGCGAGAUCCGCUUCCGGCAGUUCCCAUACUGGCUCGGACUACAGCCGUGACUCCAGGCUCUCACAUCUCUCGCGUCCUCGGAGCCUCUCCAAAGAUCAACUGAGCACCGAAGACAGGGAAUGCUUGAAGGCAGCCGAGGAGAGGCGCGCCUUGAGGAAGCAGUUGCGCCGCAAUCGCCGCAAGUACAAGGAGGCCCUGCUCGGUGGCAACAUUGCCGAGCGUUGCACCGAGCGCAUCCUGACAACACCCAUUGCGCCAGAGCUUCACACUUCAUUUCGCGGAGCGAGAGUUCGAAGCACUUCCUGGCAUGGCACUGAGCAGCGCGACUCCAUGAGCACGGCAGCAGGAGCCGACUCGCGCGUGUACCUGAAGAAGCAUCCCAACCCGCGAGAGCAGGCAGCCAUUGAGCGCCAUCUCGAGCAUCGCUUCGCCGCCUUGCUUCUGGCGAAUCCCUUUCCGGUCAAGGACUCUGCACGAGAGACGCCAGUUCCAGGGCCUGUCCGAAAGCCCGAACAGCAGGUCAUGUCAAUUCCAGAGGGAGUCGAAGCUGAUGCCUGGAUUGCAGCUGCGGAGUCGCCGGAGGAGAGAGCUCAGCGCGCACGUGCGGUCGCACUCGCCAGGCGCGACACGGAGUGGGAGGAACAACGCUCGCAGCUCUGCGUCUUCAGGCCGAGCACUGGCGGGAUGCCAGCGACCCCUGAGAAGGCUGUCGGAGAUCUGCGCGCCACCCUGGUUGGCUCACCUCGCAGCCCAGAAGUCAACCAGGCCUCCGCAGAUGCUUGCGAAGAUAGUGUGCAGCCAUGA